AUUCACUAUAUCUGGUCUCUCACAGUACACAGAACAUGGAAAUGCAAUUAUUUAACUAAAUAUUCAGUUAGAGCAGUCUUGUGACUUCUAUCAGUGUCCAGCAGAGCACUGGUUAAAGCUUGCAGGAGUUUUCAUUCACGCCUGAUUGUCCUAUAAAGGCUGCAGGACCACUCACCCUUUGUCUAGAAAGUGCUGAUUGGCCUUGUGCUGAUCACAUGCACUCUCCCAAGAAAACGAAAACCUCUCUAGCAAUACACACCAAACUGAGCAUGUGCAGAGUGAUUCCACACAGUAUGCCUUAUCAGGAGAUAAGAGGGGGCACAGGAAGAAGGGGAGGAACAGAGAAGUCAGGAUCAAAUAGCCUUUUUACACAAUGCAGAGGAUUAACCCCCUUUAGGUUCCACAGUGAGUAUAACAAGCAUGUUUUACUGAAUAUACAGACUGAUUUUACUGUUGUGGGUUUA